AUGAACUCUACGCUGUUCUGCCUGUUUUGCUUGGCAUUUGCCGCUGCGAGCGCCAGUGUGCUGCCCGUUAAACGUAGCCAUCUGCCGGCAGUCAAUCAGCACGGAGAAACGGUUUGGCUUGACGAACUGAACCAAGGGGUGCCUGAUAAAUGUGACUUCGCCUGCACCGAUCAAGAUGUCGAGGUCUGUGCCCACAAUGGCCAAUGCUUGCAGCUGUUCACCAGUCGCUGCACCAUGGCUGCCUACAACUGUCGCAAUCCCCAGAAGCGCUUCAAUGUUGUCGAGAACUAUCGCUGCACGCGGGGCUAUCAGCCGCUCUGCAGCAUGGCGGAGCGUAAGGAACUGCAGCUGACGCAAUGA